GAGCAAUGUUGAUGUUGGAGCUUGGUGGCGAUCGAACGUAUGGAACACGUAGUACAGGUUAAGGAACAUUACGCAGCGGCGCACGCUAGCACCCUUGGACUGCUUUCCUGUUUACCGUCUGUCUCUUCGAUUCUUCUCUUUCUCUCUCUCUCAUCUUCCACAACUCACUUCUAUUCUUACUUAUCCUGCGCACUCCCACCCAGCCAUGCGAUUUCAGAUCUUCUUUGUCCCCCAGGCUUUCUUUUUUCUUUUCUCACAAGCUCAGGAAUCUCACUUUGUAUUCUCCUUCGGAAACUAGGGUUUCGGUUAUUGGGGUUCGUCUUGCAGAGACUGCAACCCUAAUCGAUGGAGCACAAGCGCCACUCGAAGAACGGAUUGUCGUACUCCAAUUUGUUCAACCUUGAGUCUUUGAUGAACUUUCAACUUCCUCAACAAGAUGAUGAUUUUGAUAAUUAUGGGAAUAGUAGUCAGGAUGAGAGCAGAGAUAGCCAAGGUAGGGGAGCCAUGGCGGACCAUGGGAAUGGGACUUUGUUAGAGAGGUCUUCUGAAGUGGGCCUGAGGAAGAAGAAGAGACGGGCAUGCAUUGAGGCUGAGGCUGGUUCAAAUUCUUCUGCUAGGAGAGACGCUGACAGUAACGACGAGGAAGAAGACGGUGAUUACAGAACACACAUUACGGAGGAGCGAUAUCGAUCAAUGCUUGGAGAGCACAUUCAGAAGUACAGGAGGGUGAGGUUCAAAGACUCAUCCUCCAAUCCAGCAGCAACCCGAAUGGGAAUGCCAGCUCUGAAGCGUAAUCUUGGUUCCAAGGGUCGGAAAUUGGCUACUGAAGACAAAGUGUUACAUGGGAUGGAAAACCCAUCAGAAUAUCACAAUGACAUUAGUCCUCUUAAGCCUGGAAGCUACUAUGAGUCAGAUUUAACACCAGAAUAUGGGACUGAUAAGUUCUCCUCCUCCAUUGAUUCUGCUUAUUUAGAUCUCGGUGAGGGGAUAACUUAUAGGAUUCCUCCUACUUAUGAUAAGCUGGCAACUUCCUUGAACUUGCCUAGCUUCUCAGAUAUUCGUGUGGAGGAGUAUUACUUAAAGGGUACACUCGAUUUGGGGUCUCUAGCUGCAAUGAUAGCCUCUGAUAGAAGAUUAGGGCCACGAAGCCGGGCGGGGAUGGGUGAGCCGCAGCCCCAGUAUGAAUCACUUCAGGCGAGAUUAAAGGCCCUGUCAGCUUGUAAUUCAGUUCAGAAGUUCAAUCUCCAGGUUUGUGAUAUUGGGUUGGAUUCAUCUUCCAUACCAGAGGGGGCAGCUGGAGGAAUACAACGGUCUAUUAUGUCUGAGGCGGGUACCUUGCAGGUUUGCUAUGUGAAGGUGCUGGAGAAAGGAGACACUUAUGAGAUCAUUGAACGCAGGUUGCCAAAGAAGCAAAUAGUGAAGAAAGAUCAAGCCUUGAUUGAGAAAGAGGAGAUGGAAAAGAUUGGGAAAGUCUGGGUAAAUAUUGUGAGAAGAGACAUUCCUAAACAUCACAAGAUCUUUACUAAUUUUCAUAGGAAACAACUAGCUGAUGCCAAGAGGUGCUCUGAAACAUGCCAAAGAGAGGUAAAAUUGAAGGUGAGUAGGUCACUUAAAUUGAUGAGAGGAGCAGCAAUCCGCACUAGAAAAUUGGCUAGAGAUAUGCUGGUAUUUUGGAAAAGAGUGGAUAAGGAGCAGGCAGAACUAAGGAAGAAAGAGGAAAAAGAAGCUGCAGAAGCUCUGAAGCGUGAAGAGGAGCUCCGAGAAGCGAAGAGACAGCAACAGAGGCUCAAUUUUCUAUUAUCGCAGACAGAGCUCUACAGCCAUUUCAUGCAAAAUAAGUCAACUUCACAACCAUCAGAAGCUUUACCUACAGGAGAUGGGGAACUGAAUGACCAAGAAGCAGCUUUGGGCUCUCUACAAGUCAAGCCAGGAGAGGAAGAGGAUCCUGAGGAGGCUGAAUUGAAAAGGGAAGCUUUAAGAGCAGCUCAGCAAGCAGUAUCCCAGCAGAGAAAGAUAACAAGCGCAUUUGACAGUGAAUGUGAAAAGUUGCGCCAGGCAGCUGAAACUGAAGGCCCUCCAAAUGAUGCCUCUAUUGCAGGAUCUAGCAACAUAGAUCUCCUUCACCCCUCAACUAUGCCUGUAGCAUCAUCAGUGCAAACACCAGAGAUGUUUAAAGGCUGUCUUAAAGAAUACCAACUAAAGGGUCUGCAGUGGCUGGUUAAUUGUUAUGAGCAGGGUUUAAAUGGUAUACUUGCUGAUGAAAUGGGUCUGGGAAAGACCAUCCAAGCCAUGGCAUUCUUGGCUCAUUUAGCUGAGGAGAAAAAUAUAUGGGGACCUUUUCUUGUUGUUGCACCUGCUUCUGUUUUGAACAACUGGGCUGAUGAGAUUAGUCGCUUCUGCCCUGACUUAAAAACACUUCCAUACUGGGGUGGACUUAAUGAAAGAGUGAUUCUUAGGAAAAACAUCAAUCCAAAACGUCUCUAUAGAAGGGACUCUGGAUUCCACAUACUGAUUACCAGCUACCAACUGCUAGUAUCUGAUGAGAAGUAUUUCCGUCGUGUGAAAUGGCAAUAUAUGGUGUUAGAUGAAGCUCAAGCAAUUAAAAGUUCAAACAGUAUAAGGUGGAAGACAUUGCUCAGUUUUAAUUGUAGAAAUCGCUUGCUUCUAACUGGUACACCCAUACAGAAUAACAUGGCAGAGCUGUGGGCCCUUCUUCAUUUCAUAAUGCCCACCUUAUUUGACAGUCAUGAGCAGUUCAAUGAGUGGUUUUCAAAAGGCAUUGAGAAUCAUGCAGAACAUGGAGGCACCUUGAAUGAACAUCAACUUAACAGACUGCAUGCAGUUCUGAAGCCAUUUAUGUUACGGCGAGUUAAAAAAGAUGUGAUAUCUGAGAUGACCGGAAAAACAGAGGUCACAGUGCACUGCAAAUUAAGUUCUCGGCAGCAAGCGUUUUAUCAAGCUAUAAAGAAUAAGAUAUCUCUUGCUGAGUUGUUUGAUGGAAGCCGAGGACAUCUCAAUGAGAAGAAAAUUCUUAACCUCAUGAAUAUUGUCAUCCAGCUGAGGAAGGUGUGCAACCACCCUGAAUUGUUUGAAAGGAAUGAGGGGAGCACAUACCUGUACUUUGGAAUGAUCCCAAAUCCUCUUCUGCCUCCUCCCUUUGGGGAGUUGGAGGACAUACACUAUGCUGGUGGUUGGAAUCCUAUAACUUAUAAGGUACCAAAGUUGAUUCAUAGAGAAAUCAUUGAAAGUUUUGAAAUGCCCUCAGUAUUUGGUCAUGGCAUCCAACGAGAAUCAUUGCAGAAGCUUUUCAAUAUAUUCUCUACAGAGAAUGUUUAUCAUUCUGUACUUCCAGAAGAUGAAGCAUCAGAUGAGUCUUCCCUUCUUAAAAGUGGAACAUUUGGUUUUACCCAUUUGAUGGAUUUAUCGCCAGAAGAGUUUGCUUUUCAGGCAAAUGGUUCUUUUAUGGAAAGGCUGUUACAUUCCAUUAUGACAUGUGACAGACAAUUUUUAGAUGACAUGCUGGAUUUAUUCAUGGAAUCUGAGGCCGAUGAUAUUCAAUAUAGUUACCUCGAGAGGGGAACAGUUAGAGCUGUUACAAGGAUGUUACUGAUGCCCUCUAGAUCUGAGUCUAGGUUGCUUAGAAGGAAACUUGCAACUGGUCCUGGCCAUGCCCCAUAUGAAGCCCUGGUUGUCUCUCAUCAGGAUAGGCUUGCAGAAAAUACCAAGCUACUUCAUUCAACAUAUGCUUUCAUCCCACGAGCCAGAGCUCCCCCUAUAAAUGCUCAUUGUUCCGAUAGAAACUUUGCAUACAAAAUGCAAGAGGAAUUACACCACCCAUGGAUUAAAAGGCUUUUCUUUGGUUUUGCACGCACAUCAGAAUGUAAUGGACCUAGAAAGCCUGAUGGUCCUCAUCAUUUGGUACAAGAAAUUGAUUCUGAGCUACCUGUUGAACGGCCCAUUCUUCAGCUAACAUACAAAAUAUUUGGGUCUUCUCCUCCCGUGCAAAGCUUUGACCCUGCAAAGAUGCUUACAGACUCUGGAAAGCUUCAGACGCUGGAUAUUUUAUUAAAGCGCCUGCGAGCUGAAAACCACCGUGUGCUAUUGUUUGCACAAAUGACAAAAAUGUUAAAUAUUCUUGAGGACUAUAUGAAUUAUAGGAAAUAUCGAUAUCUUCGACUUGAUGGGUCCUCCACUAUCAUGGAUCGUCGAGACAUGGUCAGAGAUUUCCAGCAUCGGAGUGACAUUUUUGUCUUCUUGCUAAGUACCAGAGCUGGUGGAUUGGGUAUUAACCUGACAGCUGCUGAUACUGUCAUCUUCUAUGAAAGUGAUUGGAAUCCCACCCUGGAUCUACAGGCAAUGGAUAGAGCACAUCGUUUAGGCCAGACCAAGGAGGUUACUGUGUAUCGGUUGAUUUGUAAGGAGACAGUUGAAGAAAAGAUUCUGCAAAGAGCGAGUCAGAAAAACACUGUGCAGCAGUUGGUCAUGACUGGUGGCCAUGUUCAAGGCGAUCUAUUGGCUCCUGAGGAUGUUGUUUCCUUGCUUCUUGAUGACGCCCAGUUGGAGCAAAAAUUGAGAGAAGUUCCAUUACAGAGUAAGGAUCGGCAGAAGAAGAAACGUGGAACAAAGGCCAUACGACUAGAUGCAGAAGGGGAUGCAUCUUUGGAAGAUUUUGCAGACAUUGGAUCACAGGGUGCUGGAUAUAGGUCCACUUCUGAACUGGAGGGUGGCAAGGCUAGUAACAAAAAGAGGAAAGCCAACGCCGACAAGCAUGCACCUCCUAAAGCACGGAAAGCUCCCAAAAACAGUGAUUCUUCUAUUGGAGCUAAUGAACCCAACUCAAUGGACUACGAGUUGGACCUUCAGAGGACUACAGACUUGCAACAACAGAAGCCCAAGAGACCAAAGAGGCCGAAGAAGAGUGUAAAUGACAACCUUGAACCUGCAUAUACUGCAGCUGCAGCAGUAGCUUCUGAACCUACUGACUACCCUCUGUAUGAUUACAGUCCUGGUUUUAAAGCAGGAGUGGAGGAAGAGAUUUCACCUCCUAGCCAGUCUUCAACUUGAUAAAAUUUGGGAAAAGAAGUGAGACCAAAAUUUUGGACGAAUAUUAUUUGGUGUUGGGCCCAGAUUGUUUUUGGAUUUGCAGUGGAGUGCAAGCUCGACAUUUAAGAGUAUUAGCAAUGGAAAUGUGGCCUUGUGGUUGGGUUUGAUCUUGUGACCACCACAUGGAAACAGAAGGGAAGCAAGCGAAGGCUCUGUACAAUAAUUGUGCAUAUUCUUUUUUCUUACCAACAAGAGGUCAGAUUCACUGGUUAUACGCAGCUUGGUUACACCUGGAAGCAUGUACAGGAGGGAUUUCCCAUCUCACCAAUCUCUCUCUCUAAAGCUUUUAUUCUUUUGGCUGUCAACACAAUGUAUAUUGCAGAACUUGUAUAACUGUCUCAGCAUUUAAUGUUGGGCUGACUAUAUUAAUAUAAAAAAGAAAGGGAAAAAUGAAGUAGCAAAACUAGACCUAUCCAAGCGUCCAAGACCAUUCUUGCGACCUUUUGUAUGAAUGUCACUUUGCUGUUGCAGUGAACCGGGUCUAAUCUGAUGUUUACAGCA